GGCGACGGUCGCGGUUGGGCUGCGGUAGCCCUGACGCGCCUGGAUAAGACAGCUGAAGCCGCAAAGCUAGCAGCGGGCCCCGACGGGCAGACGCCUUGUGGCUAUCAGACAUUGAGAUACGUGGCGCAUGCCUGCGCCAAGGUCGGAGCUGUGGAAGCAGCCUACCACCUGUCCCGGCUGCAGAUGAAGUGCGGGCGGACCAAGUACAUCACUGCCGGCUCACGCGUCUUCCAGAGCACGCUGGAGUCUUCGGCCCUUUAUUUGCAAUCCACCGCGGAGCAGAUGCCCAAGCUGCUGGCAGGACAUGGUGCACGAGUUUCACAAGAGAUCGAGAGCUUGCUGGAGAUCAAGAACGACAUUCUGGCCCUCACGCCGAACCGACGCUCUCGGAUGCUGACCGAGGCGUUCAACCAGCUCAUUCGCUGGUAUGGGCGUGCGCGGCUGGUUCCGCAGGCCAUUCGUGCUUGCGAAAUCAUGAAUGAGCUCGGAGUUCCGCGAAACGACAUGACCCUGCACUUCUUGAGCCGCGGCUGCGCGCAGCAGUACAGCUGUUUGAAGAAGGCUGGCAGGUACACGCAGGCGCCCCAGGACAUGCCUGGACAUCGGCCAGAGGUUCUCUUCAUCGGGCGCACGAACUCGGGCAAGUCGUCCAUGAUCAAUGCACUUUUCAGUUCUCUGACGAAGUUCGCGCCCGCCUCCAAAACGCGGGCUUUCACCCGGAAGUUGCACUUCUACGAGGUCAACCGAGAGAGAGCCGGGUUACCUCACUUCAUGCUAGUGGAUUCGCCUGGUCUGGGAUGUGCUGACAUCCCUAACGCGGCCAAGAUCACCAGGGAGUUUCCAAACAUGAUCUUCGAGUACCUCCGAAAUCGCAAUGCAUUGAAGCAUAUCUUCCACCUCGUGGACGCCAGAAACCACAAGCUUCUGCCUGCUGACAAGCAGCUGCUCCACUUGGUCGCGAAAGCCCAGCGACGCAGCGUGAGGUACACCAUUGUCAUCACGAAAAUUGACGUCUGCAAGCGCAAGGUCGCGAACAGCACGGCUCAGCGCAUCCGGGAGGAGCUGGCCCCCUACUGCGACGUGGACAUCAUGUUUGCCAGCGCACGGGCUCUGCGAGGCGUGGAUCACCUCUGGUCCAAGAUCUGGCAGUCUGUGACGGAGACACCACGUGGCCGAAGACACAGGGACAUUGGCAGGAAAGAAUUGGAGCGACUGAACAAAGAAGGGCCGAACGCUCUGAAAGCUCCCAACUUGUCCGAACUGCUGGAGAUCCCGGAUUACCAGAGACCACAGGAUUUUGACGAAGAGGAUUUCGAGGAG